AUGAGUGAAUUAAUUUAAAUAAAUGCAGGGUUUAAUUCAAAUGAGAUUUGUCUGAAAUAUUUAGAAAAACUAAUAAAAGAUCAUCAUUUAUCACAAUAAAAUAUGAACAAUAGAGAAAAUAAUGAAUAAUUUUAUGAGAGAAUAUCAACUUGUUUUGAGGAACAUGAGAAAUAUAGAAGUUUUAGAGGAGUGUUUUUAGAUGAAUAACAAUGUAAGAUUGAAUAUAAAUUUAACAGCUUUGGAUUAAAUAAUGUCGAUAUAAGAAUAAGAGUUUAUAGAUCCUAAUUAUAUAAUAGGUAAAAAUGUUUAUUUAAAUGGUACUUAUUAUCAUGGAAGAAAUAUUUUUGGUCAAGUAUAUUAAUAAGAAUUUGAAGAUAAGUUGAGAUAAAUACAUGAAAACUCAGAUAAUUUAUUUGGUUUCAAUAUUAUUCAUUCACUAUCUGAUAAAUUUAGUGGAAUAUCUAUGUAGGCUAUUUAAUCUUUAGAUAAGUAAUUAUUUUGUAGUUCUACAUCAUAAUUUCCAAAUUUAUUAUGUUGCUCAGCAAUUGAAAUUUAUAAUACAAUACUUUCACUUAAUUAAUUGAUAUUUAAUUGCAAUUAUACUAUGAUUUAUGAUUACAAUUCUUUAAGUAAAAGAGUUUAAGAAUAAUAUAAAUAUUAAAGUUUAUAAAAUUGUCAUGAUAUAGUUGCUGAAACAAUAUUAUAAAAUAAUUGUUCAAUGAGAUUUUCUGGUUAUUAAAAUGGAGAUUUACGAAAAUUAGCUGUUAAUUUAAUUUCAUUUCCAAGAAUGCAUUUUUUAUCAAAUGCUUUUAGUGUUAUAAAUAGAGAUAAGAUUUUGAGUGAUUAGAUUUAUAAUUUAAUGGAGCCUAGAAAUUAGAAUUUUACAUUCUAAGAAGAUGCCAAAAACUUUUAUAGAAUGUAAGCAACUAUAAGUAGAACAAAUGAUUUGUAUUAUGAAAUAUAAGAUUCUACAUCAAAAAGUUAAAAUAAAACAGCUUGGGUUAAAGAUAGUUUUUGUAAUAUUAAUUGUAAAGUUUAACAUUAUGAAUUGGGUGAUACUGUUUUAUAUAUUGGUCAUCAUAAUUAUUUUGGAAUUUAUUGUAGAUAGUUAUGUUUAAAAUUUUUACAAUAAUGGAAAAGAAAGGCUUAUUUUCAUUAUUUUGCAUCUGAAGGAGCAGAUGAAUUUGAUUUCAUUGAAGCUGAAUAAACAGUGGCAGAUCUAUAUUCUGAAUAUAUAACUUAUGAUUAAGUAGAUUAGGAAUCAAUGGAAUGA